CUCCGCAAGUUGUUUUACAACACUGUCUCGGCAGACAGCUGCUGCAUGUCAUAACAAAUACUGUAAGAGUCCAAUUUAACCUCAAUAAACAAAUGACAAAAUAAAUGCAACAAAAAUUAUGGCAGGCAACAAGCCGACGCGUGAUCUUCUUGGUAUUAUUUGGCAAAACUUUUGGCGUUCGUUAAAGCCGCGCCAGUUCCGUGGAAAUUACAUUGGCGAGGAUUAUUUCGGCAACAAAUACUACGAGAUACCGCCAAAUCCUUCGAUUGGCAAACGCAAAGCUUCGCGCUGGUUCGAGCCAGCCGACAAGGAUGCCUUCGACCAGGAGCUAACAGCCGAAUGGGAGGCAUGGCUACGUGGACGACGUGACGAUCCGCCUACGCGCGAAGAGUUAGUCAAGAAUCUGCAAAUCAUGGAGAUGAAAAAGCGCAAUGCAGCCGAGCUGGAAGCGCACUACAGCAAAGACAAGGAUGCGGGCGCGCUGCCCAAGCAGGUGGAAGGAGAAACAAUUGGCACGUUUCCCAAGUACAAUGACUACGAGAUUCAUCCUGGCAAGAAGAUUAGAUAAGAAAACUAAUUUCUGUAUUUUGGAUUAAUUUGUUAAUAUACGUAUGUCUAGUUUAUUUUUAUGCUA